AUGAGGCGUGGGGUCAUGAUAGCGGAAGGAAGAACAGUUCAAGACGGUUGCCAAGAGAAGUGGCUACCAUGCGGUACCAUGAAAGAGUACUGGGUGCAGUAUAAGCAGCAAAGCUCAGACAACGCGGACUGGGAGAGCGCAGCCGGGAUAGCAAAGGCUUUUGCCAUCGGACGGGCAGAAUCAUCCGCUGUGCUUGCCCUGUUAUCCAACGUUCCAGGACAUGUUUGCAGCAAGCUCAACGAGAUCGUGAAGAUCAGAGGUAUGACACGCUUUCUGACACACGACGUGAUCGGAAAGGGAACUUUCUCGAUUGGAUGGACUUCAGGGGUUCUUGCUUGUGAAGGAUGGAGCGAUCAGUUGACGAACAGUGCGCGUGAUCAUACAUUGGUCACCCGCAUGUGCAUUCAGGAAUUCAGGAAAGUUGACCUCUACUUGGAGCGUUUGGUGUCAGACCACGAUAGCGUGCCCGAGCAAUUGCGGCGCGCCUGGAGCUACAAGGAUGCUGUGAAAUUGCACCAGGCCACAGGAGCGUUCUUGUGGUGCCUGGACCAGCUGCAAAAGAUCGCUCCUGCCAGCCAGUUUGACGACAUGAAAAAGUCCUUGCGGCAAAGCUUUUUUGCAAAGUUCUUGGAUUUGGAUUUGAUCCACAUGCUGGAAGAGAAGAGCUUUGCAGAGAAGAUCUCGCAGGGACGCAUGGAGGAAAAGGAGGAGAAAGCCAUGCUGGCGAAGAAGGAGCUGGCCCGUGCAACGUACCAGCACGUUCUAGCGAUGCUCGAGAGUGACGUGAAGAUCCUCGAAGAGCAAUUGCCAGGACCUGUGGAGGCCGCCGCAGAGACGGCUUUAGAUAUGAAAUACAUUCGAGACCGCCAGCAAAAGGGCAAGGCCUAUGUGGCAGAUUUUUGCUCAAAGAACUUCAUCCUGGAGGCUGUGAAUGAGGACUUGGAUGCAGCUCUCCCCAAGUUCUUGUCUCUUCUGGAUUCCAUGCGCGGCAUUGCUGGAAAGAUGUACGUAGUUUGCUCCUUGGACUUCAUUGUCUACCCAGCCGCUGCGACGUAUGUGCGGAAAGCCUUUGAGUGCCUUGCAAACGUCGCUGCCAUGUCCAGCUCGCACAUUGGAUUCAUCUUCAUGCCAGUUCACCAGAAGCAGACAACUGAACCGGCAGUGCUCAAGCACCGUCGUCAGAUUGAGGAGAACCUGAUGAAAAGCAAAAUGAGCUUGGCCAAUGAGGUUUGCAUUCUUUUUGCAAAGCCUGAGGCCCGCGUGACUGAUGGGCGUGCUAUGACGCAGAUUUCUCUCCUCUCCCUGCGCCAGAACUAUACAUCCAAUUCUGAUUGGAACAGCUCCAGCGCAGUCACCACAGCUCGCAUCGGACCGGCGCCUCUCAUUCGCAUCAGCGACAUGAAGGGAGUGGACUGCUUCAAAUCAAUUCUGGAAGGUUUGAUGAAGGGGAUGGAGAUUAAGGAGGCUGACCGGCUUGUGGUUCUCGACAUCGUUCCCAACAGGCAAUGUGAGAUGGGGCGCGCAGUUCUACAGAAAGUUUUGGACGGCGAGAAUAUCAAGUACAUGGGGUUCUUGAGAGAGGACGUGGAGAAAGAUUUGCGGUCGGCCAUGGAAUCAGUAGUGUACCAACACUGGGAUUCCUCAGCAGAUGCACCCCCGAAGCAAAGGCCGCAGGAGAGCAAGGAGAAACAGGAUUUGAAGCUGGAGAUUUUGGCGAUGAAGGAUGGUAGCCCGGUCUUCCCCGAGCAGGUUCUCAUGGAUCGGUUUACUGCUGGCAGUGAGUAUCACAAGGAGGUUCAGAAAAUGAAGGCAAAGUUUGAGGAGAAGCAUGGGAGAGUUGGUGCUUCAACUGGGACCAGUGCGACCACAACAACGAGCCAGGAAGGCCGUGUAAGCGGAGUGUGCGACUUCACCAUUGAUGAGGGGCUUUCUCCGUUGGAUACAUCCCGUGAAGUCUCCUUGCCUGUCAAGACGAUCGAUCAGCUUGGAGAACCUUCUUCCAGGAUUGGCACGUUGGUUGGGAAAGCUGGAAAGCCAACCGUGGUUCUGGACAAGGACUUUGGGUUGUGGCUUUUGAACCCCGGUGACGCAAAGAUCAAGGUGCCAUGCAGUGAGCUUUGUGGCUUCGGCACGGGCGCCUACAAAAACGGAGUGGUCA